AGCGAAGUUCACGUAUGUUUCUAGGCCAGAGUUGAAAGAUUAUACAAUACGUUAUUCUCCAAAUAACGUUCAGCUGUGUUUGUGUGAACGUCCUCAGCUUUUUCUGAUCAAGAGAAAAGCAACAGAAUUUGCAAGAAUGAAUCCUGACCUUCGUCGAGAAAGAGAAAAUGCUACGUUCGAGUCGGAAAUCCUUACAAACAUAUUGGACGGAAGUGUAGAGAAGACCCGAAGGAGAAGAGAAAUAGAAACUCUGGUGAUUAAUGACCCUGACUUCCAGCAAGAAGACCCGAACUUCCUGUCCCGCAGUGAGCGCUAUGAUGCGGCGUUGAAGAAGAGCGUCCAGAUGUUUUCAAAGAUCCGAGAUUUUGGCAUCUCUGAUCCUGAGGAGAUAUACUUCUAUAAGAGAUGCGUACACAAUGGACGCUCAGAACCACUGGACCUUCACCUGGGCAUGUUUCUGACCACGCUUCUGAACCAGGCCUCGCCAAAUCAGCUGGACACCCUCUUCACGCCCGCAUGGAACCUGGAGAUUAUCGGCACCUAUGCCCAGACAGAGCUCGGGCACGGAACACACAUCCGUGGACUCGAGACCACCGCGACCUACGACCCCUCCACGCAGGAGUUCGUUCUGAACAGCCCCACGGUCACUUCCAUCAAGUGGUGGCCAGGAGGACUGGGCAAGACGUCCAAUCACGCCAUCGUGUUGGCGCAGCUGUACACACACGGCAAGUGUCACGGACUCCACGCCUUUAUCGUCCCUAUACGGUGUAUGAAAACCCACCAGCCUCUGCCGGGUGUGGUUGUAGGUGACAUUGGCCCCAAAUUUGGCUUUGACGAGGUGGAUAAUGGAUUUUUGAAGCUGGACAACAUUCGGAUCCCACGUGAGAACAUGCUGAUGAAGUACUCCAAGGUCCACCCUGAUGGCACGUACGUGAAACCCCCCAGUGAUAAGCUGACCUAUGGCACCAUGGUGUUCAUCCGUGCCAUGAUUGUAGGAGAGUCAGCCAUCGCUCUGUCCAAAUCCUGCACCAUCGCCAUCCGCUACAGUGCCGUCCGGCAUCAGUCGGAGCUACGAGCUGGAGAGCCUGAACCACAGAUCUUGGACUACCAGGCUCAGCAGUAUAAACUCUUCCCCCUGCUAGCAACGGCCUACGCCUUCACCUUUGUGGGCCAGUACAUGAAGAACAUGUAUAAUCGCAUCACUGGAGACAUCAACCAGGGAGACUUUAGCGAGCUUCCUGAGCUCCAUGCUCUAGCUGCAGGUUUGAAAGCUUUCACUACCUGGACUGUGAAUGCAGGGAUUGAAGUGUGUCGGAUGGCAUGCGGAGGUCACGGUUACUCUCGAAGCAGCGGUCUGCCGGACAUCUACGUCACCUUUACGGCCACGUGCACCUACGAGGGCGAGAACACCGUCAUGAUGUUGCAGACGGCCCGGUACCUGGUGAAGAGCUACAGACAAGUGCGUGAUGGAAAGCAGCUGAGUGGCAUCGUCUCGUACUUGAACGACGCUCACCAGCGUAUUCAGCCUCAACCCACUGGGUCCAGACCCACAGUCAUCAACAUCAACGACCUGCAGAGCCUUGUGGAGGCAUACAAACUCCGUGCUGCCCACCUGGUGGAAACGGCAGCGAAAAGCCUUCAGACAGAGCUCCAGCGCAGCAAGAGCCAAGAGGACGCAUGGAACAACAGCUCCUUAGAGCUCCUCCGAGCCUCUGACGCCCACUGUCACUUUGUAGUGGUGAAGAUGUUUGCUGCUAAGCUGAGUGAGAUCAGUAACACAUCUAUCUACUCCGUCCUCAGCACUCUCGCUCUGCUCUAUGCCCUGCAUGGCAUUUCCAACAACUCGGGAGACUUUUUGCAGGCUGGUUUACUGACCGUUCCUCAGCUGGCUCAGAUCACUCAGAGGAUUAAGACCCUGAUGGCUGAGAUCCGUCCAAACGCUGUGGCUCUGGUGGAUGCCUUCGACUACCGUGACGACAUGCUUAACUCGGCGCUAGGCCGCUACGACGGGAACGUCUACGAGAGCAUGUUCGAUUGGGCCAAGAAAUCUCCGCUCAACCGUACGGAGGUCCAUGAAUCAUAUUACAAGUACAUGAAACCUCUGCAGUCCAAACUGUAAGCGUGAAGCUGGCACGUCUCUUCAGCUAUGAUUUAAGGGCACUUAUUUCUAACUGGAGAAUAACCUCUCAAUCACGUAAAAUUCAUCUGAUAGAUUCUCUGCAGUUAUAGACCACAUGAAUCAGUUGUUACUCUUUGAUCCGUUUUUUUGUUGUUGUUUUUUUUUGUUUUUUUCCAUUUUAAUUCUUUAAUCUGAAGUGAUUUAGAAGUCAUGAAGUUUGUUGUAGCUUGGUGGCAUUUCCGGGAUAUAAAUUCAGAACCAACCCAUCACUACAGUAGAAACAUAACCGAUAAGCUAUUACUGAUGUACAUUGUAGGUAACAUGCUAAUAUAGAUGGUGCUGUUGGUCCCAGGUCAGUACGUGAUAAAAAUGAGUAUUGCAUUAUAUGAGGAGUCUGUUCAUGUUCGUUAUUGAUUUUGAUUUGCGCUAUUAAUUUACCCCCACUGUUUUGGUGUCCAGAUCUGUGUUCAAUAUGUUUUAUAUGUGUUUUUUAAUUGCACAUCAUGUUUUUGGCUCAUUUUGUGAAUGAAAGGUGAUAGAAAGGUCUUUCAUUUGAUAUUAGCAUUAAUAUAUUGAGUGAAAUAUGAGCAAAAUGAAUUACAGCCUGUACUGAGGAGACUCUAGGAGCAUUUACUGUAUUAUGAUGUAAAGUUUGUAAUUUUUUGUCAAUUGUAAAAAUUCCCAGCAGUGCUUAUACUCCUGUGAGUUACUAGAUUUCACAUUAACGUGUCCGUUUUCCUGAUUUCAGAAAAGAUUUUUAAUGCGAAAUUAUGUAUGUGGAAUUUCCAGCAAUAGAAAUUGCUAAAAUUAUUUGAAAACGCAAGAAGAAACUAAAUGCAAGAUCAGAAGCAGUACAAAUCGACAAUGAGCCUGCUUCGUACAUAAAAGCACUUAAUACAACGUGUUGUGUAAUAAUAUUAUUCUCUAACCAGACACAAGUUAGGUGGAUGAGUCUUGAAUCACUGAUUGAUUGUCCGGAAAUUUUGGCUCUGUUUUUCAAGAAAUUAGAAUGUUAAUAUUAUGGAUGUUUGAGCAACUGUUGAUGGCACAAAUCUUUUUAGUCAUCUUAUAAUAUUUUUAUUUUUUGACAUGGUAGUUUGAUUCAUGGACAUUGCAUUUCUGUCUGUUGUUCUAAUGAAAGCUUACUAUUGUGUGAGUACGUUAGUCUUGCUUACUUUAUGAUUUUUGACCAAUAGUUUGAUUUAUGCUGCAAUGAAUUGGUCAUAAAACUACAGUCUAACUCUGGAAAAUAAAAUGCUAAAACAACAGAAAUUUCUGAAAUCAGGUGUCUUGGUUGAUCACUUGAUUGUCAAAUAAAAUAUUCCCAAUUCAA